UCUGCUUUAUCCAAAGAUUUUCAGCUGAUGAAGAGCUAGGAGGCUCAAACACCAUCUUGCCUGGGUCUUGGAGAAGUGACUUGGAGUGCUCUUCUCGGCAGGGUCACCCUAAAUUGCCAGGGCUAGACACAAACUUGUGAUCCUCCUGCCUCAGUUUCCCAAGUCACUGGGAUUCAAGGCGUGUGCCACUGUGCCCUGCCAUAUGCAUUAUUUUUCUGCUUCUCACAACAAUCCUGUGAGGGCCAGGUCUCUUUAGGGCAAAAUGGCGCAAGAUCUCAGUGAAAAGGAGCUACUGAAGAUGGAAGUGGAACAGCUAAAGAAAGAAGUGAAGAACACAAGAGUUCCGAUUUCCAAGUCAGGAAAGGAUAUCAAGGAUUAUGUGGAGGCCCAGGCAGGGAACGACCCUCUUCUCAAAGGCGUCCCUGAGGACAAGAAUCCCUUCAGGGAGAAAGGCUCCUGCAUGAUAAGCUGAUGGCUCUGGGCACCUCCCCCUGCUUGUCUGUCCCUCCUCAGCCAGGACCAAGUGUUCUGGGAACCCAGAAAACUAGUGAUUGUUCACCUUCUCUUGUCACGGAAUCAGUAAAGAUACUUGAAUGAA